ACUUAUUAAAUAGUCAGCGAUGGAUGUGAUAAGAAAAUCAGAAUUGAAAGAUAUUAAAAAUUUAGUUGAUAAGGAUUCUGCCACAGAGUUGAAAAACAGGAAGCUUUCUGUAGAUAAUGAUGAUUCUGUGGAAACCAUUCGUCUUGCAAACAUGGAUUCUGAGCUGGCAGAGAAAUCGGUUACUGAAACUGAGAAAAGCGAAGAAGCAGAGAAGGAAUCCAAGAAGUCUGGCGAUGCAGAUGAUUCCGAUUCGUGUUCUGAAGAUGAAUAUGUGGUGGAGAAAAUAAUCAAAAAGCGAAUAGUGCAGGGCAAACCGGAAUAUUUUAUCAAAUGGAAAGAUUGGCCUGCAUCAACUAAUACAUGGGAACCACUUGAAAAUCUUCACUGUCCUGAAAAAGUUGAUGAAUUUGAGUCUAAAUUGGCUGAAGCAAAAGCUGAGAAGGCUGCUUCUAAGAAAAAGUCGCAGUCGAAGAAGGAGUUCUCUCUGCCACAGUCUGAGAUUGGGUAUGGCUUCGACCGACAGUUGGAAGCGGAGAAGAUCUUGGCCGCCACUGACGCCGGAGGGGCUCUCAAGUUUGUGAUCAAGUGGAAAAAUAGAGACAAGCCCGACGUCGUCUUAGCCGCAGAAGCCAAUAUCAAAUGUCCGCAAAUUGUGAUCAAAUUUUACGAAGAUCGGCUAACAUGGAUGUCAGCCAAUGUUCUCACCGGAAAAGAGGAGGCAGAGAGACUGGAACAAAUGCCGAGCAAGGCUUGAAUUAAAUUAUCGUCAUCGAAAAAGCUUCAAUUAUGUUUAUUUCGUCUCUUUGAGUUUUGAAAAACUGAAUGUUUGUUGAUGGUGUUUUAACAAUAAUGUAUUGUAAUAGAUUUUAUUAGCAGUAUUUUUGCUGAUACGUUGUUGAUUUUAAUGAUGACUAAAAUCUUAAUUGUUUUCGAACCCAAUUGAUUUAAAAAAAUUUCUGACA